AUGGCAUCCGUCCUCCGAAUUAGCAGCGCUUUGCUGCUUGGAGCUGCCCUCGUCAAUGGACAGACCACAACAGCCACCACUACGUCGAUCGCUCCAGCUCAGCAGACCGUCUCUUCGGACUCUGAUUCUGGCGUGCCCCUCAACACUGCCGAAACUGUACAAUUGACCACUGAAGUUCUCCAGAACCUGACCACUCAAUUGAACGAAACCACGCUUUCGUACUUCGACUUUGGGAAUGACACUGCCACCACUACAAAGCGAUCUACGACCGGAUGCAAAGUUUUCCCAGGAGAUAAAGCAUGGCCCAUAGAUCUUCUUUGGGAUAUCUUCGAUUUGUUGCUUGGCGGACGUUUAAUCAAGACUGUUCCCUCUGCUUCCUCAUGCUACUCUGGUUGGGGUGACCAGAAUGCAGCCGAAUGUGCUUACGUUAACUCUGAAUGGACUGACUCUCACUUUCACAUGGAAGAUCCUACCUCCAUCAUGUGGCCCCUUUUUCAAGGCCGCACAUGCUUGCCUACUAGCUACAACAUCACUGGCACCUGUACUCUUGGCGGUUAUCCUUCAUAUGCUGUCAAUGCUUCCAAUGUAGCUCAGAUUCAGCUAGCAGUCAACUUCGCACGCAACCUCAACCUCCGCCUUGUUGUCAAAAACACCGGUCACGACUUCAAUGGCAAAUCCUCUGGUGCUGGUGCUCUCAGCAUCUGGACUCAUCAUCUUAAGUCUCUGUCAUACAUCCCCAACUACUCAGACAGCACCUAUUCAGGACCCGCUGUCAAGAUGGGAUCUGGUAUCCAAGCAUACGAAGUCUACGAGUUCGCCAAUGCCCACGGUAUUUCCGUGGUCGGAGGUGAAGGAAAAACCGUUGGUGUCGCUGGUGGAUACGUUCUCGGUGGUGGUCACUCCCCUCUAGGCAGUGUCUACGGUCUCGCUGCCGAUCAAGUUGUCGCUAUGGAGGUUGUUCUUCCUAAUGGUGUAUUCACUACUGUCACUGCAUCCACUAAUCCCGACCUAUUCUGGGCUCUUCGUGGUGGUGGUGGUUCUACCUUUGGUAUCGUGACCUCUGUCGUUGCUAAAGCUCAUCCUAAGAUCGGUGUGACUGUCGCUCAGUUCACCUUUGGUACCUCCGAUGUCAUUAGCGCCGACACUUUCUUCGAGGCUUUGAAGACUUACUACUCAUACUUUGAUGCGUUCACCGCCGCCGGUACCUAUGUGUACUUCUGGGUCUUCCCUCUCGGCAAUGACCAGUAUCUCUUUGAAUUCAACCCGUUUUUCGCUGUCAACCACACCUUGGACCAAUUCACCACUCUAAUCCAACCAUUUGUUGAUGAUUUGAGCCUUCUCGGAAUUUCUGUUACCCCUGGUGGUACCUACUAUGACAACUUCUACGAUGCUUGGAUGUCUGCGUUUCCUCUUGAGACUGUUGGCUCCGUAACCAUGCUGACUGGAUCUCGUCUUUUCCCCCGUGAGAACUUCGUCAACGCUACUCUCCUAAACCAAACUGUUGCCGCUCAUCGCUACACCUUGGAGCAAGGAUACCCCGUUCUUGCUUUCCAAAUGAAGGCAGAUGCUCCCGCCGAUGCCGUGGCUAACGCUGCCAAUCCAGCUUUCCGUACCAUGCUCAUGCACGCCAUUACCUCCACCUCGUGGGCUGCCAAUGCUACCAAUUCCGAGAUUCUUUCCGACAUGGACUUCAUGACCAACACCAUUCUCGGCUCUUGGCGUGACACCUGUCCCGAUAGUGGUGCUUACAUGUCUGAGUCUGACAUUCUCGAGCCUAACUUCCAGCAGGCAUUUUAUGGAUCCAACUAUGCCCGCUUGUACUCCUUGAAGCAGAAAUAUGAUCCCUACGGUGUCUUGUACGCUCCUACAGCCGUAGGUAGUGAGGACUGGACUGUCGCCAGCGCUGAUGGCUUGCCCGACCAGAACGGUCGUCUCUGCCACGUUUAG